AUGAAGUUCACCACUAUUCUUCUUGCCGUAUUGCCUCUCGUUGCCGCCGGCGGAGGCCCAAAGGACCCAGAUAGUCUUCCGAGGAUACGACUUCCGCUUCACGAACUGCCCGAGUGCUGGCAGGAGUGUUUGCAGCUAGAAAACAACCACUACCCUCCCAAUAUCAACAAUGUUAACGUACACGACUUUUGUGUCGACAACGGCUACCACCUCCGAUGGUGGUCUUUCCACACCCUCGCUACAUGCACAGCGGGCAAAUGCAAUAGGGAAGAAGGCUUACAGUCACAGGAGUGGCUGUUCGAUCUCUGCAAAAUGAACUAG